GGAACUGAUCAUUAUUUGAAAAUUUCAAAAUUUGAGUGCUAUGAGGAGUGGUAAAAGAGGAGAAUUUCUCUUUCAGAAGGCCAGCCCAAAUAGCAUCAGCCAAAUGUAUGUAACUCUACAACUCCUGACCUAAAUCUCAAAUUCUUGAAAAAAAUCACCAUGAUCUUCAAGCUAUUUUGAACCUACUAGUGAUUAACAGGUGGAACUUGCAGAACCAUUCUGCAAUCCUUCCAGAGACGAAUGAACCCCACAAAAAGUAUAAAUGAAUAUGAUUCAAGUUAGAAUGUAGAGUGUGUAAAAAUAUAGCAAAUAUCACUUUUAACAAAACCAAAAUACUGCAUGUGACAGAAAGCUGAAAUAAUUUCCCUUUCUGUAUCACAUUUAUUAGCUGCAAACCAUGUUGCUUCACUUUUGUAAAGAUGCAGAGAUCCCGCAAGCUGAGCUUCAAGAGUUUAAUUUCUGUGACUUAAAGCCUCAACGUUCGGCCAUCAGUGUUCUUCAGCAACACACGAAACUCAUCUUCUACCCAAAACAAGCAUUUUCCCCGGUCAUGCAGCCUGGAUAGAUGUGUCACUUCAUGUAUGAGCUCCUGAGCGCAGCGUUCCUGCCACACAGUGCUGUAUUGUGAGACACAAGAGGUGAGUCUGUGGAAGUCCAGCAGUUUGAACGUGAACACGGCCCGCGGCGCUGGCUUCGCUCCUGGAGACGGCUCACUGUGAGUAUGACCCGGUGGGAGAGGGAGCUCACUGCCCGAGGUAACAGCCCAGACGGAGCCCUGGUAGCAUUCACCCACUUCCUCCUCAUCUACUGAUCGAGUCUGAGCGGAGCCCCGUACGUCACCCACAGCCGCGACCUGGAACGGGAGAGGAAGUGACGUAGGGGCCGACGCAGACUUCCGGUAGCGGUUGCUGAGUGAGCUUUCCCGGUGGGCGGCCCGAAGCAGAUUCACACUCACUCACUCACGGACAGAGAGAGUAUUCCCCGUGAGGCCGGGGCCGGGGUCACUGUCCGAGAGCCCGGCUUCCACCACCACCACAGGGGCACUGAAGUGUCUUUGCUGCCUCCCUCGAUAUGGAUCCCCUGGGGGCCCGCUCCCCCAUCGUCGACAUCCAGACUUUACCGUGUUGGGCUCACCGCCCGGAGCCGCUGCUGGAGACUGGGCUCAGCCGUGAGCUGCAGCCGGACACAUCCAUCUCCUCGCCUUUCCCCUACAGGAAAGACAUUAACAACAAAGUUAUUCUGUGGAAGGGAGAUGUGACCUUGCUGAGUUGCACAGCUAUUGUGAACACAAGUAAUGAAGCACUCUCUGACAAAAAUGCUAUUAGUGAAAGUAUCCAUUUACAUGCAGGACUGGAACUCAAGGAUGAGUUACAGAAAUUGAAAGGUUGCCGCACAGGAGAGGCGAAGAUGACCAAAGGCUUUAACUUGGCUGCAAGGUUUAUUAUCCAUACAGUUGGACCACGAUACAAUGCGAAGUACAGAACAGCUGCUGAGAGCUCCUUAUAUAGCUGCUACAGGAGUGUACUUCUAUUAGCCAGGGAGCAUUCAAUGUCCUCAAUUGGAUUGUGUGUCAUUAAUACACCAAAAAGAGGCUACCCUUUGGAGGAUGCAACCAAUAUUGCUUUGAGAACAGUUAGACGAUUUUUGGAGAAACAUGGAGACACUAUUGAGACUGUUGUUUUUGCAGUUACAGAUUUAGAAGAGGCUACAUAUUUAAAGUUGAUGCCUCUUUAUUUUCCACGGUCUUUGGAGGAAGAGAGGGGAUCUCUACCGUUCCUCCCUGCCGAUGUAGGAAAUGCUGAAGGAGAGCCGGUCAUUGCAGAGCGACAGAUCCGUAUAUUGGACAAACCAGGCAUUCCUCCUUAUGAAGAUGAAUCUGAUGAGGAACACCUUGAGCUAGAGUAUAUUGGAACACAUGCAUUUGCUAAGAUGGAAGGAGAUAUUGAUAAACAGAGGCGGCUGAUUCUUCAAGGACAAAUGUCUGAAGCAGCCGUUCAAAAAGCACAUCAGCGCAACUAUAACCGUUGGUUGUGCAGAGCAAGAGCAGAUGACCUGUCAGGUGUUGCUUCGUUGAAAGCAUUAUAUCAAACUGGAUAUGAUAAAUGUGGACGUACAGUGGUGGUGAUAGUAGGAAGGAAUAUUCCUGUAACUCUAAUAGAACCCGAUAAGGCACUACUGUAUUUUAUUCAUAUUAUGGACCACAUUGCUGCAAGGGAGUUUGUCAUGGUGUAUUUUCAUACUUUGACCAGUGAACACAAUCAUCCUGACUCGGAAUUCAUCAAGAAAUUGUACGAUAUUGUUGAUGUAAAGUACAAGAAAAACAUGAAGGCAUUUUACUUUGUGCAUCCAACAUUUCGGUCUAAGGUGAUGACCUGGAUGUUCACAACCUUUUCUGUCUCUGGGUUAAAGGACAAAGUUCAUCAUGUUGAGAGUCUACCUCAGUUGUUUACGCUUAUUUCCCCAGAGCAGAUUGAUAUUCCACCUUUCGUAUUGGAGUAUGAUGCCAGGAUAAAUGGACCUUACCAAUAUUCAUGCCCGUCCUCUCCUGACCUAUGAAAAUCAGCAUGCUAUUGGUUUCUACAUACAGUUCGUAUCAGGAAUUGGAUGUUCUAAAUGAAUGUUGAUAUUCAGGAGGCCUUUUUUCCUCCAAAUUUUUGGAAUUUUUUUAGAGCAACAAUCAACUUGAGGCAAAACGAAAUGGGACAGCAGCUGUUGCCUUAAGAAUGCAAAUAUUUUCCUAUUUUUGUUUAAGAAUGAUUUUUAAGAUCACUUGUUUUGAAUUCUAAUAACAUUAUUGAUUCCACUGUCUAAAGCUUGUCAAUUUAAUCAAAACUCUGGAAGAGUAUGAUGCAGGCUUAAUGGUGUUCUGAAGGCUUCUAUAGUGAAUUUAUGCUUUUUAUUACUUUUAAAAAUAAAUUGUGCCUAGUGUUGUAAACUAUAAAAUAAAACUUUCUGUAGAACAUUUAUCUGCAGAGUGCAGGAUAAAUAAUAUUAUUUUGACAUUUCAUUAUGAUGAAGGAUAUUAUUAAAUCAGUUUUUAGUAUUGAUGAUUACAUGUCAUACUUGUUAAUUCAUUGGUAGGUUAUCAUAAAACUUAAAACAACCACAUCAAACUAUGCCUGAAUUUAAAAGGAAAUGAAGUGAUCUGUAACCAGAAUAGUCUCUGGUACACUCAGUUUUAACGUAAACAAUUAAAGCUAAAGUGAACAAAGAUGGUUCUGCAAAAUUCAGGUCAGCAAUUGGCUGUAUUCCAACUUCAAUUUGGUAAAGCAAUCUUCCAUUUUACCCUCUUCCUCAUGUUCACAGCUGCAGGUAAGCAGGUAGGCACACAAGUGCAACAAUUACAUUGCCUUUGUUCAGCAUAUUGCAAAAGCAAUUAUUCAACUUUGAGAAACACAUUAAUACAUUGGAUAAAUAAAAGGCAAGACACAACUUUAGGCAGUUUUUAAAAAAAAAUUCGCAAGUAGGAAAGUCUCAUGUAUAUUUAGUCAUUCUUGCUCAAAACAGUUAAUCUAGUGUACGAUGGUCUUUAUUUGAUGGGUUUUUAAUCAGUGAGUUUUGACUUUUUUUAUAGAUUGUGUUAAUUGUAUUGAAUAAUUUUAGCUUGCAACAAAAUUUUAAUUGUCACUUAACACCUUUUUCAUUGUAUUGUCUUUGCUGCAAUUCUUUCAAUAUAGUCACUUUUUAAUAGUUUUUUAACAUGGCAUUUAAAUCUUUGAUCUUACUGAUUAUUGAACUGCCGUUGCAGUUUACCUUCCUUUAAAUGCAGUGCACAAUUAUUUUUUCUUGUAGUAUGAUGUCACUAUUUAAAUCAUUGAUU